AUGACAUCUAUUGCGUCGCUCCUCAACCCGGAGCCGGAUGCUUCCCAGCAGAACCAUAAGGCCCUAAUGCCAUGCUCUGAGCAGAAUGAAAGAGGGUGCCAGUCUCCUCCACUUAGGCAAAAGAAGCAAAAGAUCUCCAAAGAUGCGGCGGUUUUUACAAGGGGACGGGUCAGGGGCCAGCUCAAGUACCCUCCUUGCGAAUAUCAGGAUGAAAAAUUGGCCGAGGCGCACAGGACCUUCGAGAUUCACCCGAUGGGACAUAUUACAGAGUUCCCUCGACACAUUCCUUACAACAGCGAGAAAAAGUCCUUUUUAGAAAAGACGGGGAGGGAAAGCUUCGAAGUAUUCCAAUACGAAUUCAAAAUUCCGGGCGACGACAAAGUGUAUACAGUGAUGUGGGACUACAAUAUUGGCCUGGUUCGGACAACCUCGCUAUUCCGAUGUAAUAACUAUUCAAAGACUGCACCGGCAAAAAUGUUGAAUGCCAACCCUGGGCUCAGAGAAAUCUGUCACAGCAUAACUGGAGGGGCGUUGGCGGCACAAGGGUAUUGGAUGCCAUUUGAGGCAGCGAAGGCCGUUGCUGCCACCUUCUGCUGGAAGAUUCGGUAUGCGUUAACUCCCUUAUUUGGGGUAGGUUUCCUUUCCGAGUGUAUUCCACCAAGCGAUGAGAUGUUUGGCCGAAUGAUUAUCGAUCCCGCCAUCGUGCGAUCUGCGACAAUCACAGCACUCCAAUACCGCAAUAUGGAACUUGAGAAAUCUUCCUCAAGUCGAAUUCCAGGCUCAAAUGUCUCUUAUUUACCUUUAAAACCGCGGGCUGAACAACAAACCAAUAUGAAAAGACUGCGACCCAAAGGCCAUAGCGGCAGGCCUGACGACGAGGAUGUCAUGGAGGUUGAUAGUAGGGGCCAACAUCAACACCAGAUUCCAUCAUAUUACCGACACCAACCCUACUCGCCCUCCAUGUUACCAAACAGUGGAUGGACGCCGGCUAACACGCCACGAUCUACUCAAGCUUUCAGACGCUCGACAACAAAUUCAAAGGGUACUAUUCUACCUUCCCCGAAGGAGAUCAUUGCCUCAUUUUCGAGGCUUACCAACAAUCAAACCAUGCACUAUGGUUCAUUGAGGCAGUCUUUCGAUGAUGUGGAAGAGAGCGAUGAUGGUGACGACGACGGUGAAGGCACUGAUGAAUCAGCCUCUGAAGAUGACGUAGAAAACGAUCGACGUGCUCAAUGGUCCAAAUCAAAUCAUACCUGUGAAUCUGCAGUCGAGGCUGGAAUAGAGAAUGAAGAUGAUGUACCGACGAGGCCCGACCACAACUCACUCCCAUGCCCGCCACACCAACUGCUAGAGGGUGCCGGAAGGGAGACAGAGAGCGGCAUCGGACAUUCAAAUAUCAAAGAGUCAGCCUCGUUGCCUGAAGAAUUAGGAAGCGAAUCAGGGAAGAGGGCCCCUGAAGAGAAAAUUGAGGCAGAAGCGAAGCUAGAGUCUGAAGGGAGACAAUCCCCCGUUCCUCUGACAAACGAUGCUCGGGCUGCGUACAUGUUGAUGAAGUUGCAUAUGCAGGAAGCUGGAGGAAACAACGCGGCAACCGUAGAUGAGGAUCCAGCAAGGAAGAGAAGACGUGCAUCAGCAUAA